AUGCGUUUCUAAACAUGGCGGGAAGAAGCGGCAACGAAGUUUCGGAUGAUGAUUCUUCAUCUGACGAGGAAGAGUCUGCACGGCUGAGAGAAGCUGUAGCUGACAGUUUUAUCUUUGAAACAGGUAAAUUUUCAUCAAAGACCACAGACAGCAGUAAAGACUUCAAAUCAAAACCAAGUUUGAGGAACAGUAGAGAAUUGGAUGAUGGUACUGAGGAAAAUGGCCUACAAGUGUCUCCGGAGGUCAAGAUUUUUUUAUCAAAGCGUCUAUCAGAAUUCCUAGAUAGGAACAGUGGAGAAGAUCCCGAAAACAUUUCUAAACAAAGAAGACAGUGGUAUAAGACUUUUCAGAAAAUCCCAGGUAAUCUUGAAUAUGGCCAGUUUACAAGAGGCUAGUGAAAGUGAAAACUGGACACCAAAAAAGAAGCGACAAUUCUCGUCAAGCAGGUUUGCAUUUUGUUCUUGUUUUUUCUUACUGGGUGAUAAUAGAAAAUAUUAAGCAACAUAUUUUGAUUUGCAUGGAACAAGUAUUUCAAUAUUUGAGUCCAGUGUUCAUCCUUUCUCAGAGAACGAACAGCCAAAACAAGGAUGGUUCUUCCCGUGUCACUCUUUUCCUGUUGUCUGACCUUCAUCCGCAAUUAAAAACUUAAAAACUUGCCAGAGACUUAAUAGUUACAAUAUAAGCAUUUAUCAGCAGGGAUAAGGCGUUAAGGUACAACACAUGGAGUGCUUAUUUUCUGAAUCGAAUAACUAAAGCUACUUGCUUGCAAACUGCCAAUGUGCUUUAUGUGUCCGUCUGUCAAGAGAUCAAUAUGUAUAAGCGAUACACCUUAAAGCAGAAACUACAAAUGCAGACUGAAGACAAAUAAUAGAUCCACAUAAAAUAAGAUAAUCGAA